AACUCCCUCCUCUUCCCCCCGUAAGACCUCCAAGAGACUUGACUCCGCCCCCUCUGCCGGUAAAAAUGAGAAAGAAGGAACCAGAGGAGGAGAGGGAGAGGGAGAAGGUGGUGAUGGGUAGUUCUAAUGAUGAAGAGGCUUUGAUACGAGAGCUGACAGAGUUGGAGAGACUGGUUGAUGAUAAGGCAACACCUAAACAACUGACAUCAGAAGAAUUAAGAAUAAAGGAAGCCUCUGAAGUAAGGAGGAGACUGAGAGAAGAGAGAGCUACAAGGUUACAAGCUAAAGUCCAGCUGAUGCAAGAGAAUCUCCGCACACAAGAAACUCGUGAAUACACUGUACCUUUAUUAUUAGUGGGUGUGGCUUUAAUAGUAGUUAGUUACUCUGUGUAUUACUAUUUGACUAAGAGUUAAUCACUUGUGGGUGUGGUUAUUAAUAGUUAUAAUGGUUAAUUAACUAGUUAUAUGGGUGGUUACUAUUAAUAUCUUAUCUUUUACUAUACUGCACUAUUUGAAUAAAAUAAUAAUUUAAUAAUAA